AUGUCCUCAAAAGCUCCAUCACCCGAGCUCCUCGCUCUCGUCAAUGACUUCCUUGCCAGCAAUGGCUUUGAGAAGGCCGCUAAGGCUCUCACAAAGCAGGCCAAGGACCAAAACAUCACUCUGGCCGCUGAUGGAAAGACUACCCUGACCGCUCUCUACGAUGCCCGUCUCAAGGAGACGCCCGCCGCUGCCACUGCCGACGACUCUUCCGACGCCAGCGACAGCAGUGACGACGAGUCAUCUGCCUCCGACUCUGGCUCCGACUCCGAGAGUGAAGACGAGAAGAAGCCCGUGAAGAAGGAGGCCUCCAAGAAGCGCAAGGUCACUCCUCCUAGCUCUUCCGACUCUUCCGACUCUUCCGAAGAUGAGAAACCCACCGCAAAGAAGACCAAGACUGUCAAGAAGGCCGAGGUCUCCUCCGACUCCUCCUCUGCCUCGUCAUCCUCCGAAAGUGAAGACAACAGCGACUCUUCCGAUUCUGACUCCGACUCCUCAUCAUCCUCAUCAUCUUCCGACUCAGACAGCUCCAGCGAUUCAGACAGUGACAGCUCGUCGUCCUCAGACAGUGACUCCUCAGACAGCGAAUCCGAAUCGGAAAGCGAGAGCGAGAAGAAGAAGAAGUCCGCAAAGGUCGCCAAGGUCGAGAAGCCCGCAAAGAAGGAAAAGAAGGAGAAGAAGCCCGUCGUCAAGGCCGAGCCCUCGUCCGACUCUGCUGCUUCGAGCGUGACCCUCGCCGAUGCUCCUGCGCCCGUCAAGGCUGAAGUCGACACUAUCAUGGUUCCCGCAAGCUCAGCCCUUGGCCAAGCUGAAGGAACUGCUGCUCCCUCCAACGACGCGGACGAGCACAUGCACCCCAGCCGCAAGCGCAAGCUUGGNGGUGCGUUCGGCGAGGCUGAGCAGCAAGUUGCUGUCCCUGCCACUGAUGAAAACAUCAAGCGUGCAAAGAAGGAAAAUGUUCCCUUCAGCCGCAUCCCCAAGGAUCAGUGGGUCGANCCCCGCCUUCAGAGCAACGCUUUCGUGCCUUACGACUACGCCCAGAAGGCACACGAGGCAUUGAUCGUCACCAAAGGCAAGGCUUUCACCAAGGCCAAGAACAAGGGUAAGCGUGGUAGCUACAGAGGUGGUAUCAUCGACCAGACACCCAAGGGUAUCCAGUUCGAGGACUAG